UUGGCCGUCGUGGCCGCAUUAGGUCCACUCACAUCCCGAAUAUCCUAGUUGAGGGUCCCGAAUACUUUGAUAUAAAUAGUCCUUCGGUCCUAGUAGUACGUGUCUAGGUUUUCCUUUGAGGCCACGACGACGUGCUUUUGUGUUUCUGUUGACCCUUACUACGUAUCUUUGACCUUGCCCAUACCGCACGUCAUGGCUCACUCCCACCUCUCGAUAGAUUCUCUCCCGAACGAGAUUAUUAUCAAUGUUCUGAGUAAUUUCCCGACUCGUUCGCUGUUGCCCCUUGCUGCUGUCUGCCGUCGCUUCUAUGGACUGGUUGGCCGAGUGCACUAUACGCGCCUUGUGGAAACAUCGAGGCUUGAGGAUCAUGAAGUGAUUCUUGAAUGCUUCCACCCAAGCGAGAAGCUUAGUACGCCUUCACUACACUGCGAAUUUCAAGGGAUGCAUGGACUCGCCGAGGCCGGCGAAGUUGCUGACCUCGGAGAGCUCAACAACAUAUACGCACGCUUUCGCCCAUACCUCGACUCUGAGAAGGCAGCUGGUCAGAUCGUCCAGAUGCCGUCGCACGAGAUUUCUCUGGACUCUGGCGAACUCUUCUCCCAACUUUGCACGAUAACCAACCUAGUGAAGGUGGGACCAAGGCACGGCUUCUUUUCCAGCUUUGCCAACAUCACCGACAACGUGAUCCGCGUAUGGCGCCACUGGUUGGACGAGGCAGCAAAAGCAGCAGCAAGGACGCAACAACAAGCGAGUUCGGACUCAGAUGAACGGACCAUCCUCUGGACCGAUUCGUCAAAGACCGUCGGCAUAAGAUUUCGAGUCGUCGAGGACGAGAGGCAACCAGCACCCGUCCUCUUCGGUCGAGAUGAGGAGCCUUCGGUUACAUAUACAUUAGAGUACCAAGAGUUGCUUAUAAGAGCAAACUGGUUACUUCUCAGCUUCGAGUCAUCUGAAACUGAAGAAGAAAAUCAUGCAGGUAAAGCACUCGUAAUUGCACCCAUGUGAAGAGCUACGGCUAUUCAAUAUUGAGAGUCUCCAAGAUAAAAUAUCUGGACUCGGUUAUUAUUCAGAUUCUUGCUACCGAACGAAGGUUGAUAUCAACCUUAAACCUAAUAGCAAGUCUAUUCAUGGAC